CUCGACCAGAGAAAAGACAACAACAACUUAAUGUCUUGACGCUUUCAUGUUUGUUUAAAGUCACAGAAUUAUACCAAUUUUGUUAAAUUAUGUUAAUUUUUAUUAAUAAUGGCUUUUUUAUUCAAAUAUUAUUGGAUACAGAUAAUGUCUUGGAACUUUCAUUGGAAAAACUCAUCCGUCAUGAAGGAAGGUGUUGGUUCUGUAAAGUAUUUCCGAACCAAUAUAGAUGAUGGAGUUUUUAUUCGGGGAAUAUUAUCAAAAACUUGAUGAAAAAAAGAGAAUUGAGCUGCAGAAAGUUAAGCAAUCUUAAACAGUUGUCUACAACUCAAACAAACUGACUUUCUAUAACAAAUAACAAGAUGGUUUUUAAAUAUGCUGAAAAAUUUAUUUCAACAACAAUGAGGAAGCAAAAAUACGUAAAAGAGGAACCAGUUGAGUGAAGUGAGAAGCAAACGAGACAAAGGAAAAAACGGAUUCAGUUAAAGGGUUGUAGACGAAGCAAGAGAAGAGAGAGGAGCCAAGAUAGACAGGUCAGAUAGAUUAGAUGGUCGAGGUGCUUAAUUGGCGGCCUUGGGAGCCUACGGGGCCGUGCAGGGCACCUCGCACCUCCCCGCGGAGUCUCCCGAGUGGACGGCAGUUUUUGCCGAAGAACAUUGUUUGGGUCUCUAUCGCUCAGAGGCCAAUUGAGUUUCCGGUAGAGUACGCGUGGGAGCCCCUGUCGGUGGCUCCCUAUCAAGUGAACGAGGCUGGCGAGCGCAAUGUGGCAGAGUGGCGGCAUGGGCGCCCAUGCGGCCAACAACCCAUGGAUGAAGCUUAUGGGAAUUGUGCACAAGGAAAGGAGACAUCACGACUCUGGUGGAACUUCAGGGGGCCAAGGAUCGUCAGCAGCGGCUGCCAACGAGAGAGCUCUCACUCAAUCGCUGCCGAAGCUCAGCAGCCAGGACGAGGAUGGGCCAAACCCUCACACCCAAUAUACAGGCGUCACACACUUCGAACCGAUUCCACACGAUCAUGACUUCUGUGGGAGGGUCGUCAUCAACGUGAGUGGAUUACGAUUCGAAACACAGCUGCGUACGUUGAACCAGUUUCCGGAUACACUUCUUGGUGAUCCGGCCAGACGGAUUCGAUACUUUGAUCCACUACGCAACGAAUACUUUUUCGAUCGGAAUCGACCCUCAUUUGAUGCAAUUCUUUAUUACUAUCAAAGUGGCGGACGUCUUCGACGGCCAGUUAAUGUACCCCUUGAUGUCUUCUCCGAAGAAAUCAAGUUUUAUGAGCUGGGAGAAUUGGCCACAAAUAAAUUCAGGGAAGACGAAGGAUUCAUUAAGGAAGAAGAAAAGCCGCUGCCAUCGCAUGAGCUUCAAAGGAAAGUUUGGUUACUAUUCGAGUAUCCGGAAAGCUCACAAGGAGCAAGAGUCGUCGCCAUCAUCUCCGUAUUCGUGAUUCUCCUCUCGAUUGUAAUCUUUUGUCUGGAAACCCUGCCUGAAUUUAAACAUUACAAAGUGUUCAACACUACGACGAACGGCACAAAAAUUGAAGAGGAUGAAGUGCCGGACAUUACGGAUCCGUUCUUCCUAAUAGAGACUAUUUGUAUCAUCUGGUUCACGUUUGAGUUAUCGGUGCGCUUCCUCGCCUGCCCAAAUAAACUAAAUUUCUUCCGUGACCUUAUGAACUUUAUUGACAUCAUCGCGAUCAUUCCGUACUUCAUUACACUAGGCACGGUGAUUGCCGGAAAGGAGCACGAAUUUGACCUGCCAAAGGCCCCGGUCAGCCCGCAGGAUAAAAGCACCAACCAGGCGAUGUCCCUCGCGAUACUAAGGGUCAUUAGACUAGUUCGAGUAUUUCGAAUAUUCAAACUAUCCAGGCAUAGUAAAGGCCUUCAAAUCCUUGGUAGAACUCUCAAGGCUUCUAUGCGGGAGUUGGGUCUGCUCAUCUUUUUCCUAUUUAUCGGUGUGGUGCUAUUCUCCUCAGCUGUUUACUUCGCGGAGGCCGGCUCCGAGAAUUCGUUCUUCAAGUCCAUUCCGGACGCGUUCUGGUGGGCCGUUGUCACGAUGACGACCGUGGGCUAUGGUGACAUGACGCCCGUGGGAGUCUGGGGAAAAAUCGUUGGUUCACUCUGUGCGAUUGCUGGAGUACUCACGAUUGCUUUGCCAGUACCAGUCAUCGUCUCCAAUUUCAAUUACUUCUAUCAUCGAGAGACUGACCAAGAAGAGAUGCAAUCACAAAACUUCAAUCAUGUUACCAGCUGUCCGUAUCUCCCUGGCACUUUAGGUCAACACAUUAAAAAGAGCUCAAUGUCAGAGUCAUCAUCAGACAUAAUGGAACUGGAAGAGGGUAUUUUGAUAGCUCAUUCAGAGGUUACUAAGAAACCAAACUGCAAUCCCCGCCAUAAUAAUAACAUUAAUCCAACCUGCAUAAGCAUUGAGACUGACGUCUGACUACUAGUGAAGGAGACGGUGGCUGCGUGGCGGCCAUUGCUGGGACAGUUACUGAAGAGUAGCAACAGCUCCUUGCGGUAUUUGACGUAGGUCUUUUCCACGCCGCGCAUUGAUGAUGACACAAAAAUUUAUUUUUGUCAUCAUUUUACCAUGUACGUCCAUGCUGUGCGAACGCCAAGUUGAUAUCUUUUGCACACACCCGAUAUCGUUGCGCGCAUAAAAUAAAAGAGACUUUUAGUAUAUACCGCACAUCUCCCACAUUGGGACCUACGUGUACAUGGAUACUGUGUACAUUGCCACUUUUUACGCCCCACACCACCGACUCCAGUGUUCAAAUCGAAUCUCCGUAGCGCCGUUCUCUCGUUAAUCAAUGACGGAGUUAAGAAUUGAAGAAAGUUACGUUAAAGAAGGAGAAGGGCGUGAUCGGAAUUUGGGAUUUAGGCGAAUUUUUUUAUGAUAGGGUCAAUAAGUAAGGGAGAAACGAUAAGUUUCACAACAAAAGGGGCAGGUGGGAGCCCCGGCGGGCCGCGGGGAUCAUACCAGAUAAUACUAAUUAUUAUAUUUAUUAAUCUUAAAAAAAAAAAAUGAUAAAAUUAAAUAAUUGAAAAUAAACGAUUAUAUAAACGUGAAAUAACGCAUUCUACGAAAAAAUACAGAAACAAAAAGACUACAGCGUAAGGAUAGACGGCUCCUUGCGACAGUAAAAAAUUAAAAAAUAUAAAAAAUAAUAAAAAAAAUACAAAUUUUUUAAAUGGUCGUUUUUAUGAGAUAUAGACGCUUCGGUGCGUCUUAAAUAUCGCUUUAAGUCCUACGUAUAUUAAUAAAUGUAAAAAGUAUAUAAAUAUUAAUUAAUUAACUUUGGAUGUACGCGUAUGUAUAAUUAUAUGUAAAUACGAUAUGUGAAUACAUUCGCGCACAACCAGAAUUAAGAGGCCGAACAACAUAAGCCUCGAUGGUGGUAUCGUAAAUAUACUGCUAAUGAUUUAAUAAAUAAAAAAGGUGAAUAAUUAUGAAAUAAUAAUAAAGAUUAAUAAGAGUAAUAAUAGAUAAAUAAAAAUACAAUAGAGAAGAAGAGUCCUGUCGCACUUUCACCGAGCACCCGACUCAUUCCUGGGGCGUCGCCGUUUUUUGCACAGACCGGCAACUCGCAGAAAGGAUCAGUUAAAAAAAGAGACAGAGUUUAGAAAAAGAAUUAAUAACGGAACUAAAAAAAAAAUACGACAUAUUGACGGUAAAUUUUUGUAUAUAUUUUUUUUUCAUUAGAAAAAAUGAAUUGAAAAACAAUUAAAAAAGAAGAUAUGUAAAGGAUAUAAGAAAUUAGAUGAUUUUGUUAACUAGGAAACGGACAGAAUGCGUAAAACAGCUACACAAAUUUUUACUAAAAGUCACGUAACACUAACGUGACCAUACACCGUCCCAUCUUCCAUCCUGCAUACCCUAGUGUCCCCUCGCGCGUAAUUCAGCUGCAGUUGCAAGCUUUUGACUCUCGCCUUAAUCACGUCCUGACUAGCAAUCGUUGAGACGUGUAUACUAACGCGAGGUGCACGUAAAUAGGUAAUAACAACUGUGGGAUGGCAGAUUCGUCCAAUAACGCCCCAUGAUAUUUUGCCAAUUUGCUAUUCUUCUCUACUUUGCUCAUUUCUGUUUUCUACUCUCUUCUAUGAACUAUUAAUUACACUUAUAUAUAAUCUUUUUUUAUUAAUUAUCAUCAAUUUUACCUCAAAUAAAAAAAAUGUUCUCUGAGGUCAAUUGGUUCAUUAAUCAAUGUACAUACAAAAGAAAAAAACACAAAUGUUUUUUGAUAGAUUCUGAUGAAUUAUCUUCGAAAAGUUAUAAAAAUUUUUUUUAUCAAAUCAAAAGUUAGUUAAUAUCGUUACAAUUGACGUAUCAAUUUUUUUGUUGUUACUCAUUUACUCGGGCAUCAGUAAAUGAAAAAAAAUCAAUUAAAAAAUUGUAAAUUUUGCUAGGAGAUCUUGAAAAUUAGAGAAACAAUUUGAUAUUCAAUUUUUACUUACUCUUUUAUUGAGGCGACGUUUCAUGAUAGGAUGAGUGUUUAUCCGAGUGGUAGUGAUUGCAGAAAUUGAUUAAAUAAUAGAUAAAUGAAAAAAAAUAAAAUACCUAAAUGGGUGAUUAUUAAUAUAAACAAAAAAAUUGAAUGGGAUGCUCGGAAUUGUAACGUAAUUUACAUUGAGUCCUUCCUGCCAAUUCCACGUACCAGUUAGUAACUACUUUUAGCUACUUAUACUCUAUAAUCGUAAAUUACUCUGCCGUCUAUACUACCACAUAUAAGAUACAGUGUGCUUUUUCUUCCAACGUCUGAUAACUGCCUCCCAUAUUUCCAUUACUUUAAGAUUCAAUUUUUUAUUUUUAAAAAAUUAUUAUUCAUCAAAAAAAUUAUUUAAUCAAGCUACUUUAAAGACAUUUUUAUAACUAAAAUUUAUAUCUUUAUUGUUGCACUCAAAUCCUAUCCAAUGUAUCUUAAUAUUUCUUGAAAGAAGUUUAAUAAAUUUCUAAAGAUGUUACUAAAUAACUAAGUAGUUUUUUUGUUGGUAGAAAAAAUUAUUUUUGCUAUUGAACAAUUAUAAUAACGCUUUGUAAUAAUAAAUAUAUAAGUUAGAGAUAUUUAGAUUUUAAUUAUAUCAAGGGAGGCAGUUUUAUUUAUAAAUGUUUAAAACGUCAGCGACGUACAUAUGACUGUGACGAACAAAUAAUACUAUUUGUAUCAAAUGACGAGGGAAUGAAGAAGAUCCGAUCAAGUAUAAAGACCUCCUGCCGUCCCAUUUAUUUCCCUCGGUAUAAAAACAAAGAAAACCUGCUCAGCCUCAAGUUACAAUAUUACAAGUCUGGCUAAAAUGUUCCGUUUCAAAUCCUAAAUGUAUUUUAGCAUAUCCUGAAAUGUAAAUUUGCAUUCUAGUCAUAGUAAGAUUAAGAAAGCCGUAGUUAUUUGAUAUUCUUAAAAUUUAACAAUAAAAAAAAUAAUUAUUUGAUAUAAAGUUAUCAUGAUUCAAUCACAAAGUAAAAAAAAAAUAAAAUUGCUGAUCAUAGUAAUUAGCAAUAUUUAUUGUAAAUUGUAAAUUAUAGAAUUUGUUUUCGAUAUCGUUGUCAAUUGUAAUUUAUUUUUUAAUUAAUUCUAAUGAUUAAUAAAUAAUAACGAGUUAAUAUAUUGAAGUAAUUUAAUGAUUAAAAAAACGAGAUUAAAAACCAAGGCUUUAAAAAAUUUUUAGGCAGUAAAAAAAUUUUCAGAAAAUUUUCAGUGCAUAUGCAGUAAAAGUAAAGCUCAGACAGUAAGAAGUAAAUCCGAUUAAUAAAAAAAAAUGAGACUGAGCUAAUAAAAAGUCUCAUUAUCAGUCACCAUUAGUCGCAUAUCCGUAAAUAAUUGAUCGUAACAUAAAUUUUUAACACAAAAUAUAAUGCUAUUACGUUAAAUUAUCGAGGGGACACAACAUCAAAGUAUCACAUUCCGAAUUCAUCUUAAAUAUACUACUAAAAAAUAGAUUUUUCAUCUCACAUUUAAUUAAAACCAUCGCGCAAAUAUAUCAACAAAUCACUUUAUUGCCUAAGGCAUUUUAUCAAAAGACAUUGAACAAAAGAAAAAUAACUAAUUAGUGACUUUAGAGAAUCAAUAAUUACAUGACUUAUGUUAUGUGCUUUUAAUACAAUAUUUGAAUCUCUCGCCUCGCUAAUUUAGUAAAGAAAAUUACAUCAAUUAACAGCUUAGCUAUUGAAGAAAGAAUUUUAUGAAAAUGAUAAAGUUUACUAUUACUAAUACUACUAUGUACUACUGCAACUAAAAAUUACUUUCCUAUAGCUAUAUUACGAGAAAAAAAAAAUAUGGUAAACUAAAUAAAUCAGGUCAAUGGACGUUGUUAAUAAGUGUAGCUGUUAGGGUAUGACAGACAAAGAUUAUUAUUAGCUGACGAGUCUGAUUGCUAGUGAAAAUAAAAAAAAAAUAUUAGUAUGUUACA